UGUAAUAAAUAAUAAAGGAACGUAUUGAUUAUAUUAUUUUUAAAAAUGGAUUCAAAGUCUGUGUCUUAUGGAAUAUGUCGAUGUUGCUCUGUAAAAGGAAAUCACAAGAGUUUAAUGAAAGAAUAUUAUGAAAAUGGCACGAGAAUAGUUUAUAUUGACAUUUUUAUGGAAUGUUUUAAUUUAUAUCUUUCAACGAACCAAGAAAUAAGCACAUUAAUCUGUGACUCCUGUAUUCAGCGUCUAAAAGAGGCACAUAUUUUCCGAAACAUGGUGAUAAACAGUGAACAUAAACUACUGACAAAUGUUAAUGAAAAUGACACUAUUUUUAUUAAUGUGCCUGCUAGAGAGAUGAAAAUUGUUGACAUAAAAAAAGAAGUAUUAAACGAAGUAAAGGAAGAGUCAACAAAUGAACUCGUUGACUGUGACUCUGAUUAUACACCAUGCGAAAAUAAUGAAGAAGAUGUUUCAGAAUUAACGAGAGAUAUUCACGACAAUGACAGGAUAGAUGGUGAAGCUGAAUUACUUGCUAGAUUUUCAUCAAAUUUUAAACUGCCUACAAGAAACUCUCUAUACACAAUAUGUCAAGGAUAUGUAACACAACUUGAUCUUCUGAAAGAUAAGUAUAUUGUCCCUAAAACAAUAUCCAAACUACUUGAAGAGGACACAAUUUCUCAUAAACAAAAUAAUUGGCUCUCAGAAAAAAUGGCACAGAUUCAAAAUGCAUCAGUUAUUCUCGAAAAUGCAAGUCUUGUUCCCUUUAAAAGUAAGAAUCGCUUAGGGUUUCCGUGCUUCUACUGCAGGAAAAUAUUUGAGGGCUUAGACAAAUUGAGAGAGCACCAAGAGAAAAAUCAUAAACGACAAGAAAUCAGAAGCAUUCUGGGAACUUACGGGGCCGAGUGUUUAGUUGUGUAUGUUGACACUACAGACUUGAAGUGCCUCAUUUGUGAAAAAUUCUUACCCAAUCUAAACGAAUUGAAAAGUCAUUUAGUAAAAAUACAUAAGAAAAAAUUUUACUCAGAACUUACAGACCGAAUAAUACCUUUUAAAUUGACCCAAACGAAUAUAUACGAAUGUCAAGUUUGUGGUUUCAAUUUUGAAACAUUCGGUUCAAUCGAGCGUCAUAUGAACAUUCACUACCGCAACUAUGUCUGCAAUCUGUGCGGGACGGGCUUCAUAACUAAAUAUAGACUGAAAGUUCACAACAAGAGCAUGCACACAGGCGGUAACUAUCCCUGCGAGAUAUGCAAGAAGGUUUACACGACCCACCAGAAGCAUAAAAACCACGUGGACACCGUACACAGGAUGAUCAAGAGGUUCAAGUGUCCCAAAUGCUCAGAAAGGUUCUCAGAAUAUUUUAGACGCCAAAAGCAUUUGGUAGAAGUACACGGCCUCGCGCCACUGAAGUAUAGAUGUAAUGUGUGCGACAAAACUUUCGACAGACGCUACACGCUCUCGCGACAUAUGAAGAGAGAUCAUCUCGACGAAAGAGAUUUUGAGUGCCAGAUAUGUUCCUACAAAUGCUUUACUAAAAAUGAACUAAGGGUGCACAUGGUCAAACAUAAUGGCGAGAGGAUUUUUGAAUGUUCCGUUUGCAAAAAAUCCUAUGCUAGGAAGAAAACUCUCAGAGAGCACAUGAGAAUUCAUAAUAACGACCGCCGUUUCGCUUGUGCUGUUUGUGGUCAGGCUUUUGUUCAGAAAUGUAGCCUAAAAGGACACAUUAAGACGCAUCAUAUUGAAUACAGCUUGCCACCAAAUUUCUAGUAAUGUCAAAAAA